UGUUGCAUCUAGUAAAAAUAAAUAAAUAGAUAAGCGAGUGACGAUUUACAACGGAUGGACAAUCUGCCGGUAGACAAUUUUCAGUCAUCUUUCAAAUACUACAAAUCCAAAGAUCUUCCACCUUCGCUGGAGAAUGUUGUUAUCUUAGACCACACCGUGAACUCACUGUUAAAGCCGAUAAAGGUCAUCCCACAAAGCUCUUCGUUUCCCGGAUUGCGCCUACCGGAAUCGUGGAAUGUUUUUGAGCUGACUAGUCGCCCUGGGUUGGUCGUUAUAGCCAAUCCGUUCACUGGUACAGGGCAACGUUAUUGGAUGUCUCGCAGUGUGCUUGACUUUCAUCGAGGUCUCUCCAAAAAUAACUUGUUACCUUCACAGUUUAACCUGCAUCAGUACCCGGACGGUUGGUGGGAACACUUGCAGACAAUUGGCGAUCCACUGCAGCGACAAAAGCUGUCCAAGGCGUUGCGCUGGGCUACGCUUGGUUUUCACUACGAUUGGACGAACAAAGUGUAUAGUGACGACAAUCGAACGCAAUUUCCAAGUGAUCUUGCUGCAAUGGUUCAGUAUAUAGCCUCUGCCCUUGAGAUAUCCAGUUUCUCGCCAGAGGCGGCCAUUGUCAAUUACUAUCCGAUUGGGUCGACACUAGCCGGUCAUACGGAUCAUUCAGAAGAAGAUCUAACGGCUCCACUGUUUUCGUUCAGCUUUGGCUUAGCGGGAAUCUUCCUGAUCGGUGGUAUGACGCGAGAAGAGAAACCGGAUGCUCUUCUGUUGAAGAGCGGUGAUGUAGUUAUCAUGACCGGUAACAGUCGGCAGUACUAUCACGCGGUACCCCGUGUGUGCGCUAGCGGUGAAAUUGCAGUCGAAAAUGAUCGAUGGCAGUCUGGGUGUUAUUUGAAUGAGCUUGAGCUUGAUCAGCAGGGCGAUGGAGGUUCCGAAAUGUGUUUUAACCGUUGGCAAAAAUGUCACGAUAAUGACUUCUGGAGUCCAAUCCACGACUACAUGCAUGGCAGUCGAAUCAACAUUAAUGUAAGACAAGUUAGAAGGUUAGAAGGACAAGUUAGGAAGGAAUCAACAUUAUUGUAAGAAAAUAUUAGGAUGGUUUAAAAGCGACCUUAUCUUUAUAGCGAAGCGAGACUAAUGCAAUGUGUCGAUAUCGACGCUUCGUCGCAAUUCGUAACAAAAGAUGUUGUUAGAUAAGAAUAGUUGUUGAUGAGAAUAGUUGAUAGGUGCAAAAGGCCAAAGAUUUGUUGGCCCAAAAGAACACGCUAAGGAGACCGCAAACCAUUCUGGCCUUCUAUGGCCUUUUCUUAUUCCCAAAAUUUUUUCCUGUUUUUAUUCAUUCGUUUACGUUUUUUACGCUAUCGAAGGAGAUGCCUAACAAGCUCACAAAAUAUGGGUUUUUGAAGUGUUUUGAUGAUUGGAAAAAAGUUGGCAUAAGUGUAACAUAUG